AUGCCAUUUAAAAUGUAAACAUAACCUAAUAUUGUACCAUGUGUCUUAAAUGAUACAGUGAAUGUACAUUCGUUAACAUUUAUUUCAGGGUGAAUUAAUAUUAAACAAUUAAUUAUGUCUCGAUUAAUAGUAAAAAAUUUACCAAAAAAUGUUACAGAAUCUAAAUUAAGAGAACUUUUUAGUGAAAAAGGUCUUGUAACCGACGUACAAUUGAAAUAUACAAAAGAUGGAAAAUUUAGGCAUUUUUGUUUUAUUGGAUUUAAAACAGAAGAAGAGGCAUUAAAAGCACGCGAAUAUUUUGAUAAAACUUGUAUCGAUACAUGCAGAAUAUCUGUUGAUCAGUGUGCUGGUUUAGGUGAUCCAUCGAAACCAAAAUCCUGGAGUAAAUAUGCCACAGAUAGUUCUCAUAACAAGCAGCUAAACGAUAAAACCAAAAUUAAUACAAAUGAUGGAGAUGACAAAACAAUAAAUAAUAAUGAAAAUGAAGAUUUUAAGGUGAUAAAAACGAAAAAAAAGAAUAGUAAAGAAGGUCAGUCUACAGAAGUUAAAGAGGCAAUUGCAAAGCACAAAGAUGACCCAUUGUUUAUGGAAUUUCUUGAAAGUCAUGCAGCAGCAGGUUCAAAAAAAGUUUGGAUUAAUGAUGCUGUAAUCGAUACUAUAGCAAACCAAGAUGAUAACAAAGAAAAUAAUGAGAGUGAUGAUUCUGCACACAAAAGUGAUGAAGAAAAAGAGGAAGAAAAAAAAAGUGAAAAGGAAAAAUUAGCAAAUAAAGUUAUAUCAGAUUUAGAAUAUAUGGAAGCAUUAAAGAAGAAAACACAAAUUACUAAUAAAGAAGAAGUUUCUAUAACAAAGCAUGGUCCUGUAAAAUUUUUUACAAUAAAAUUACGAGGAUUAGCAUAUAACCACAAAAAGAAACACAUAAAGCAAUUUCUUCAACCUUUAAAACCAAAAUCUAUACGUAUACCACCUAAAAUCAAAGGGAUAGCUUACAUUGGAUUCAAAACAGAACAGCAUAUGAGAAAGGCAUUAUUAAAAAAUAAAAGCUUUUUAGAUGGAAGACAGAUAUUUUUGACGAAGUAUGAGGAAAACUUAGAAACUAAGGAAGAUCAAAAUGUAGAAAUUAAUGACUGUAAUGUUAAAUGGAAAAAGCAAGAAGAAUCGUUAAAAAAUGAAGAGAGUAUAGCAGAAUCUGGAAGAAUGUUUGUACGAAAUCUUACUUAUACCACAACAGAGGAUGACAUCAGAAAAUUAUUUGAAAAAUAUGGUCCUUUAACUGAAGUUAACUUACCUGUGGAUCGAACUACUAGAAAACCAAAAGGUUUUGGUACAGUAACGUUUUUAAUGCCUGAACAUGCUAUUAGAGCUUAUUCUGAAUUGGAUGGUUCUAUUCUAAAUGGUAGAAUGUUACAUUUACUUCCAGGCAAAACAAAAUCCUCUUUAAUGGAUCAUCUUGAUCAAGAAAAUUUAUCUUAUAAACAAAAGAAAGAUUUAAAAAAUAAAAUUACUGCAAAUUCAUCUCACAAUUGGAAUACAUUAUUUCUGGGACAAAAUGCUAUUGCAGAAGCAAUAGCAGCUACAUACAACACAAGUAAAGAACACGUACUGGAAGAUGAAUCAAAAAGCAUGAGUGCUGCUGUCAAAUUAGCAUUGGGUGAAACACAACUAGUUCAGGAGACAAGAAAAUUUUUGGAAGAAAACGAAGUUUGUUUGGAUGCAUUUAAUCAACCACCAGAGAAAAGAUCAAAAACCAUUAUUCUCGUGAAAAAUUUACCAGCUGGUACAUUAGCUAAGGACAUUUACAACAUGUUUGCUCAACAUGGAGAACUUGGAAGAGUUGUUAUGCCACCAUCAGGAAUAACAGCCUUAUUGGAGUUUUUAGAACCAUCAGAAGCACGCAAAGCAUUUACAAAGCUGGCAUAUACGAAAUUCAAACAUUUACCGUUAUAUUUAGAAUGGGCACCAGAUAAUAGUUUCACAAAUAAACUUAGUCAAUCAGAUAAAAAUAAAAGUAAAAAUGAUUUAAAAAAUAAAUUGGAAGAAGCACCUGUAGAAACGAAAAAAGUAGAAAAAGAAGAUGAAUUAAAUAAAAAACAAUCAGAUAAAGACAAAGAAACAGAGAAUGAAAAUGACGAUGAGCCAGAGCCGGAUACAACUAUUUUUGUAAAAAACCUGAACUUUUCAACUUCAGAAAAUACAUUGAAAGAGUAUUUUUCUAAAUGUGGCCCUAUUCAUUAUGCCAUGAUAGCAACUAAAAAAGAUAUAAAAAAUCCUGGUACAAAAUUGUCUAUGGGCUAUGGUUUUGUAAGAUAUAAAUACAAGUUUGAUGCAGAUCGUGCUUUGAAAACAUUACAAAUGACAGUACUUGAUGGUAAAACUUUGGAAUUAAAAAGAUCCGAGAGAAUAUUGACAUCCGAAGUUAAAACUACAAAAAAGUCAUCCAAAGUAACACCACAAACGGGAACAAAAAUCUUAGUUAGAAAUAUACCUUUCCAAGCAACACUCCAAGAAAUGACAGAAUUAUUUAAAGCAUUUGGCGAAUUAAAAGCAGUAAGAUUACCAAAAAAAUUGGUUGGUGCUGAAAAACAUAGAGGAUUCGGUUUUGUAGAGUAUUAUACAAGAAGCGAAGCGAAGAAAGCUUUCCAAGCGCUAUGUCAAAGUACUCAUUUAUACGGCCGAAGAUUAGUAUUAGAAUGGGCACAAACAGAAGAAGGUAUUGAAGAAAUUAGAAAAAGAACUGCCAAACAUUUUCACGAAGAGAGUUCGUCGAAAAAGAGUAAAAAAUCAGUUUUGGAUCCUGAAAUGGUCGGAUUAGAAACGGAAUGAAUAAUUUCAUUCUAUUCAUCGAUAUGUGUAUGGAUGAUAUGAUAACCAGCCUAGAAGACAACAAGGUAUUCAUGGAAGACAGCCAGAAAGAAAUAUCUUCCUUUCACCUCUCCCAGUUGAAGUACGAGCAGGGACCUAUGCCGAUGGAAUGAAAAUGCGAAUCGACUGGUGGGGCCCCUCGUGUAUAUCGAAGGUGAUAGCGAUGGUUGGAGGCGGAGACGGCCCAUGAAAGUAACAGUGACUCUCUUCGACUCGUCCACCUUCCAACCGAUCGCAAGAAGACCUCGUCAGUUGUACAUUCUUCGUCCUGGAGAAUAGUAGUCGCGAAUUCUAUGUAAUACGUAUGUGUCCUUCGGUGUCAUCGACCAGAUACAAGGUCGCGUGUUGUGCUCAUCCAAAAAAUAGAUAAAUAAAUAAAUAAAUAAAUAGAUAAAUAAAUAAAUAAAUAAAUAAAUAAAUAAAUAAAUAAAUAGAUAAAUAGAUAGAGAGGCAUAGUGCGUUGGUACAACACGAUGUGCCUGACUUGAGCCGAACCCAGUCCUCGAAGAAACAUUACUAGAAAGAAAAAAUGUUAGCUUCAAGAGGAAGAAAGAUGGAUUGGGUAAGAUUAGAAAAUAAAAUUGAUUAAAAUAAAGACAGUUUCGUUUUCUCAUAAUAUUAAUAAUUUAUAAAUCAUUCAAUGACAACCACACACGAUCAAUCACGUCAAGGAACAUCAUCGUUUUACAUUUACGAGUGUACCGAGAAUAUUUUUUAAACGUGAAAUAUGCGAGAGUGAAAUACGUUUUAUGCUCUAUCGUAAAGUCCUGGUCUGUCUUACUAGAACUCUCUUCGUCUUAUUUCUCUCAGCAUGAAUUUCAUAAUUUCGCUUAAGCGAGUAGUAGAUUAUCACUGACGAUUACG